AUGCAUGAUUUAAAAUUAUCUCUCCUUUUUCUCUUCCUCUCCGCCCUCUACGUUGCGGAAGCCCGGAGGCUUGUCGGGAUAAAUGGAGCGGCAGCCAAGUUUGCAGGGCCUGAAGCCCUCAUCGGGCAUGCGAUUGCGGGCCGGGAGAUAGCAAACGGCAAGCCCCGUCAUAGGUUUUUGAACCAGAAUACUCAGCGUUUUGCUGUCGACGGGACAGGAAUCCCUGAAGUCACAUUUGACGUCGGCGAAUCCUAUGCAGGACUCCUCCCAAUUACCAAAGACCCAGACGAGGACCAAAAGCUCUACUUUUGGUUCUUUCCCACAGACAAUGCCCAGGGACAAGAGGAGAUUACCAUCUGGCUGAACGGCGGCCCUGGAUGCAGUUCCCUUGAAGGAUUCCUUCAGGAGAAUGGCCCAUUCCACUGGCAGUACGGAACAUUCCGCCCAGUGAGAAAUCCAUGGAGCUGGCACAACUUGACGAAUAUGAUUUGGGUCGAACAACCCGUUGGCACCGGCUUCUCUGAAGGCGAGCCCACCGUUACGUCUGAGGAGGAUGUUGCGGAGCAAUUCCUUGGAUUCUUCCGCAACUUCAUUGACCUCUUCGAUCUUCACGGGAAGAAAAUCUACAUUGCUGGCGAGAGUUAUGCAGGAUUGUACGUCCCAUAUAUCGCUGACGCAAUGCACGCAAAGAAUGAUACGAGAUAUUACAACAUCCAGGAUAUUCUCAUUUUUGACCCGACGAUCAACGAACAUGCUAUUCUUCGACAAGUGCCUGCCGUGCCAUUCGUUGAACAUUGGUCCCAUCUCUUCCCUCUCAAUGACACCACUGUCAAGAGAAUUCACGAUAUCGCCGAUUCUUGUGGUUACACCGAUUACAUGAAUGAGUGGCUUACUUACCCACCCAAGGGGAAGAUGCCUCAAUUCCCCGAGUCUAUCACUGAGAACAAAACCUGCGACGUCUGGGAGGCCAUUUACGACGCUGUGUCUCUCGUGAACCCAUGCUUCAACAUCUACCACGCCACAGAUACCUGCCCACUGUUGUACGACGUGCUAGGAUUUCCAGGAAGCUUCGAGUACACCCCGGAGGGCGCAACCAUCUACUUUAACCGUACCGACGUCCAGCGCGCGAUCAACGCACCCUCCAAACCCUGGAGUGAAUGCUCACCCCGUGAAGUCUUUGUCGGUGGACAAGACAAUUCCCAACCAAGUUCCUUUACCGUCAUCCCUUCCGUCAUCGAAAAGUCGCGCAAUGGCCGGACAAUCAUCGCUCACGGGGACUUGGACUACAUUCUCAUCACCAACGGGACCUUGCUCAGUAUUCAAAAUAUGACCUGGAACGGUGACCAAGGUUUCUCCAGCCCACCCUCAGAACCGUUGGUAGUUCCGUACUCUCAAGUCGGGAACCUGGCCGCGAUGGGUGGCGCGGGUAUCCUGGGGAAAACGAGAGCGGAACGAGGUUUGACGUAUGUGGAGAUGCACUUGACCGGGCAUAUGGGUCCGCAGUACAGCCCUGCUGCGUCCUAUAGAGUUUUGGAAUACUUGCUAGGGCGCAUUGAUAGCUUAUCACAGGCUUGA